AUGCAAAACCAGCUGCUCAGAAUGUUCAGCUCACCUUUCUGCCAGGUUCUUAUGGCCUUCGCUAUAUAUGCGAAGGAGUUCGUGGUACAGGUUGAGAAGGGCCCUUCGCUGCCCCCUUCGCUGCCGCCUCGCCGCCAGGAGGGAUGCUCAAUCUCGCAGCUGGAGAUGCAAAUUGUGUGGCCGGUGAGAUCCCGAAGACGUCGGCCUUCCACCACCCCUUCGCCGCCCCUCGAGGGCAUCGCCAUGUUGGUGGCCUGGCUGUCAAUCGUGACAGUGCAGCGGGCAAAGUCGAAACCCUUGACUGGGUACAAAUCCGGGGACGAAGAUGUUGAGGACGAAGAUGUUGAGGACGAAGAUGUUGAGGACGAAGAUGCUGAGGGCGAAGAUGUUGGAGACGGAGAUGCUUCCACCUCGGAUUCCGUCACGAUUCCACGCAGCCGUCGCCGCGGCACUACGUCCAACGCGUCCGGCGAAGAGGUCGAGGACGGCGUCGCGGCCAAGGACGCUUAUCGCAAGGGGCGUAGCCCAGAAGAUAUGUGGGAGGAGAUCUCCUUCAUUCCCCCUGACAUGGAAGAAUCCAUCCAGGCCGAGAUCAAGAAACGGCUUGAGCUCCAGGAGCAUCCUCCGUAUGGCAAACUCAUCUUUUCCAAGUUGUUGUCCAUGACACGGUCUGAGCAGUCGGCUACAGUGAAUAUGGUGAAGGAGAAGGCGGACAAAAACCUUGAUUCGGUCAUUGACAAGGCCCUCUUCGAAUCCGACAAGCACGUACAGAUCCCUCUACUCCAGUUGUGA